AUGCUCACCACCCUCGCCGUCCUCCUCCUCACCACCCGCGCCGCCGCGGGCGCAACCCUCGCGUUCUUGCAGCCGUGGAACGCCAACAGCUGGGUCGCCUCGGACGACCGCGUCCGACCCGGCGGCGUCAGCACCUCCACGCUGUCCGUCCUCGCUCCGGGCAGCAGCGCCGCGAACCCCUUCGACGAGCCCAUCAUCCAGUUCUCGGGCACGCUCAACAGCACGGCCCUCGGCGGAGCGGGCUUCGCCUCGCAGCGCACGGUGGACGACUGGCCCGGUGUGGACCUGUCCGCCUACGCGGGCCUGGCCAUCGAGGUCCCCUACUCGGACGGCAAGACGUACACCCUCACCCUCCGGGACGACGUGGUGGCCUCGGACGAGGCGAGCUUCGUCAACUGGGAGUGGAACUUUCAGGUCCCGGCGACGAGCGCUGCGGCGGAGACGGGUGGUGGUAGCGGUAGCGGCUACGCGGAGACGUCGGUCCGGCUCCGGGAUCUGGUGCCGACUUUUCGCGGGAGGGUCCUGAAUGAUACGGAGCCUUUGAACCUGGCGAAUAUUCGGAGGGUGAGCAUCAUGAUCCGCAGUUUCUUUGGCGAGGCUGAACAGGAGGGUGACUACGAGUUGAGGAUUAAAUCGAUCCUUGCAACGACGACGACGCCGACCACAUAG